CAAAAGGGCCUUGGCGGUGCUGGGAGUGGUUUCCGCCCGUUUGCAAGAGAGUUGUAACGCCGCUGCCGCCGCCAACAUGUCGACUAGUGGUCCCACCGGAUCUGGCCCUGCUUCUGGCAGCAAUCGUCGUCUUCAGCAGACUCAAAGCCAAGUCAAUGAGGUGGUGGAUAUCAUGAGAGUGAAUGUGGACAAAGUUCUGGAAAGAGAUCAGAAGUUGUCUGAGUUGGAUGACCGUGCUGAUGCCUUGCAAGCUGGAGCAGCCCAAUUUGAAACAAAUGCUGCCAAACUGAAAAGAAAAUACUGGUGGAAGAACUGUAAGAUGUGGGCCAUAUUGAUAACGGUUGUUGUCAUUCUCAUCAUCAUCAUAAUCGUUUGGAGUGUGUCCUCAUGAGGUUUUGGAAGAAACCCUGAAUUUGACACAGCUGUUUCAGUGAGGAAACUCGUCUCUUACGUCAGACUUGCUGUAUUGCCAAGCUUCUUCCGGUUGCACAAAUCAGACACUUUUUUUGAUAGUGAAAGUAUUAACUUUUCUGUAGAUUAUGUGCCUUUAUAUAAAUGAUGCACUCUAUUUUGUAAAUGCUGUUAAAAGUGCCUGAGUUAAGAUACGUGUAAACCAGGUAGGAAAAAGUCUAAGACUUCAGAAUUUUGUGAUUGAGAGUGUUCUGACAGUACUUACUACUUCUGGAAUGUAUUUUACAAACUCACAAGUAUAUUGUCACUACCUCGCCUCCUACAUGAUAUGUUAAAGGGUUGCAAACCAACUCAUAUUUGUGCCUUCCUGGGCAGAGGUUUCUCUUACCCACAGUAGUGCCAUAUUUGAACAACUUUUCCCUUAAUGCCUUCUCAUCUAAUUUGGGAGGGACUAGAAGUUACUAUACAACAAGCACUGUGCUUUUUAAAUGAAGAUGUGAAGUCUGAUGAACCGAGCACUUAAUCACAGUGGUGUAUGAAAAGUAUUUGGGACAAAAAAGCAUGAUCUUCCUUGUGUUAAACCAUCACUUCUUGGUGCCUUUACGCUUUGCACUUGAACAAGCACCAUAAAGUGUUCUUAACUUUUUAAAAUUCUGAAAUUCUCUUAACUUACCAAGAAGUAUUGCUAAAAAGUAACGUUAAAUGCAUUUGGACUUCCUUUGUAUCUUUUCUGCUUGAAUUGCCCAGGGAGACAUACACGUCCACCUUUUUCAGAUAAUGUAGGACAGGUUGGUGAUGAAACAUUAGUGUCAUCGUUGUCACUUUACACUGGUUGUGUCAGUCUUCUGUAUGAGCUAAGGUCCCUUAAUCGUGUGCCUCGCUCUUGCCUCACUUUCACUUCAAUGUUUAGUGGGUGGGGUUCUUCCCCUUUCUCUUGUGUUUCUCUGAGAUUUUUUGGGUUUUGUUCUGGCUCCCUGGUCCUGGGUUAAAGCUUGCAGGCAUUGAUGGCUCUUCUGAAAGGCUGUCAAAUCUACCCUACUGACAUGGCCAAACUUACAUAAGUGCAUCCUUUUUGUCUUAUUUUUCAUAUUUGUCAUGAAAAGUGAUGGAGCUUUUUUUGCUUGCAAGAGAUGGGGAAGGGAGGAGUGGACAGCAUAAUACACCUCACAUACUACUGCACAGUUUGUGAAUGUACAAGCACCACCUUUCAAGUUGUAUUGGGCAUAUGCUUAAUAUUUGUACAAUCUGCUGGUUUGUAUUGUUUUUUCUUAAAACACUGUUGUGUAACUUUAAAAUGUCUCAAGGUUUUGCUCUCCUGUACCAGUGAAUGAUUGUUCAGAUGUCGCUGUCAGUACUUUGACUGGACAAAGCAUUGCUUAUUGCCUUACUGUUAAAGGUCUUACCCAAGCUCUGAAGCAGAAAGGAAUUGUCACAGGAUUAAAGCACCGCAUUUUUGUGACUGACUGAAAAGUACUGCUCGGCUUUAAGGUGAAGUGUGCCACAAAAUGCCCCUGAAGGGUUGUAAUUUUUUAAUUAAAAGUGCAUUAUACCAA